AUGGUAGAAGGAGGUAUAAUCGAUCUCUUCAACUUCAAAGGUGCCCUGGUUAGAGACAGCGUAAAAGUAGUUAUUGUGGAUUUCGAACGCGAUGGUGGAGCCGAUAUCAGAUCCGUGAAACUUAUCGAGCAGUACUGGUCUUUCGCGUUCGGUUAUCCGAAAGUCUCCAUGGAGGGAGAUGCCCUCAAUCUCCCAUUUGUGAUGACCGUCAUCGCCGAUUCCAAGGAUCUCAUCAGCAUAGUAAAGUAA